UAUCUCGCACGCUCCAUGUUUCAUAGGUCGGGGUGCCCAUUUCAAUCGUGGAAUGAAUUCAAUAUAACAAAGAUUUCAGGGAUGUACAGCAGCAUAUCCCCACACAUGAAUUUACUUUAAUUAUGCGUGUUAUUCUAUGUAUUCGUUCUUUAUGAAAAUAAGGAAUUAUGCUUUUCCUAACAACGGAACCUUAAGUUGCGCAUAAGGCGGUCUGUGUUUCCCUGUGGACUGUGUUCUAAAGAGAGAAGUGCGCGUGUGUGACGGGAAGAUUGCACCAUGGCGGUUUGAUAACAUGUUGAGGAAACAGUAUAUUUAGAAACACACUCAAGACCAGUUGAAAUCGUCACACAGCAUACUUCCUACCAGCGAGAGGUGAAAUUCGGGGUGCAAGUACAUACAUGCCCCAAACUGCGGCAUUACAUUUUUUUCAGCCACUCGUUCAGAAUCUGGGUGCAUUGUAUUUGUAAUUGAUCCAGGAGUGUCCGGGUCGGUUCUGAAGAUUUCCUGUUUUUCCUAUUGUAAAAACUGUACACUACUGCACUGAUUUGUUUGUAAUGGCGGAGGGGCAGAAACCCACUCACAAUCCUCUGGAGCAGUUCAUUCUGUUAGCAAAGCGUGCUAAAGGCGCCGCUCUGACUGCUCUCAUCACCCAGGUGCUGGAGGCCCCCGGGGUCUACGUCUUCGGAGAGCUUCUGGAGCUGCCCUGCAUCCAGGAGCUGUCAAAUGGACCUUAUGCAGGAUAUUUUCAGCUGUUAAAUCUGUUUGCUUAUGGAACAUACCCUGAUUAUACAGCGAAUAAAGAAAGUCUCCCUGAGUUAUCUGGAGUCCAGAAGAACAAAUUGAAACACCUGACCAUAGUUAGCCUGGCUGCCAGGAUGAAGCAGUGCAUUCCUUAUUCUGUGCUGCUGAAAGAUCUGGAGAUGAAGAACCUGCGAGAGCUGGAGGAUCUGAUCAUUGAAGCCGUAUACAGUGACAUCAUCCAGGGGAAGCUGGACCAGCGCAGCCAGCUGUUUGAGGUGGACCUCUGCAUCGGACGUGACAUUCAGAGGAAGGACAGCAGCGACAUCGUGAAGACACUGCAGGAGUGGUGCGACGGCUGUGAGGCGGUCUUAUCGGGUAUUGAGCAGCAAGUCCUCCGAGCCAAUCUGUGCAGAGAGAAUCACAACAGGACCCAGCAGCAAAUGGAAACAGAGGUUACAAAUAUAAAGAAGACGUUGAAAGCUUCAGCAUCAACAUCCAGCCAGGAAGUGGACCCGCAGCUGAUGGAACGGGACGCAGCUCAGCCUGCUGAGCAGAGACAGCCCCUUAAGAAAAUGUCCAAAGUGAAGGGGCUGGUGCCCAUCCGCCACUAGCACCCCACCAGAGAGCGCUAUGACUCAAACUCCCACCAGCCUCUUCCACACUGAUCACCCAUCCACCACUAGCACCCCUCCAGGAAGCGCUCUCCUGCGACUCAAACUCUUCCCAGCCUCUUCCACACUUAUCACCCAUCCACCAGAGAGCGCUACGACUCAAACUCCCACUAGCCUUUUCCACACUGAUCACCCUUCCACCAGAGAGCGCUACGACUCAAACUCCCACCAGCCUCUUCCACACUGAUCACCCAUCCACCAGAGAGCGCUACGACUCAAACUCCCACCAGCCUCUUGCACACUGAUCACCCAUCCACCAGAGAGCGCUACGACUCAAACUCCCACCAGCCUCUUCCACACUGAUCACCCAUCCACCAGAGAGCGCUACGACUCAAACUCCCACCAGCCUCUUCCACACUGAUCACCCAUCCACCAGAGAGCGCUACGACUCAAACUCCCACCAGCCUCUUGCACACUGAUCACCCAUCCACCACUAGCACCCCACCAGCCUCUUCCACACUGAUCACCCAUCCACCAGAGAGUGCUACGACUCAAACUCCCACCAUCCUCUACCACACUGAUCACCCAUCCACCACUAGCACCCCACCAGCCUCUUCCACACUGAUCACCCAUCCACCAGAGAGCGCUACGACUCAAACUCUUCCCAGCCUCUUCCACACUGAUCACCCAUCCACCAGAGAGUGCUACGACUCAAACUCCCACCAUCCUCUACCACACUGAUCACCCAUCCACCACUAGCACCCCACCAGCCUCUUCCACACUGAUCACCCAUCCACCAGAGAGUGCUACGACUCAAACUCCCACCAUCCUCUACCACACUGAUCACCCAUCCACCACUAGCACCCCACCAGCCUCUUCCACACUGAUCACCCAUCCACCAGAGAGCGCUACGACUCAAACUCUUCCCAGCCUCUUCCACACUGAUCACCCAUCCACCACUAGCACCCCACCAGGGAUUGCUCUCCUGCGACUCAAACUCCCACCAGCCUCUUCCACACUGAUCACCACCACACCGAGUCAGACUGGGGGGGAAAAAAGAAAAAGAAUAAAUACUUUUUCUGGCAUUUGCAGUGUUUUUUUUGUUUGUUUGUUUGUUUUUUGUUUUUUUUCUUUGUUUCUUUGUUAAUUGUUUAUUGUUCCAGUGAUACUGUGUGCUAUUGGAUUGUGGAAAAUGAAAUUCAGAAAGUUCUCAAAUAGCCUUGUUUUGCAGACCCAGGGUGUAUGGCCUACAGUAUGUGCUGUCGAUAGAGCAGAGAGGACCCCCAGUGAAUGCUCUGUGCUUGCAGCAGGCUGAAGCUUGUUUCUCAGUUCCAAUAAAAAACAUUCUUCCUUCAUUGCUGUCUUAGAUAAGGAUCCCUAUGUUGAAAGGGGCUUGUGAUUAUUUUUUUAUUUUAUAUUUUUUAAGCUUGACAAACAAAGUUUACGCCUUUUAAGGGCCUAAAAAAAAGACUUGAUACCUUUUUUCUUUUUUUUUUUGUAUUGUAAUACAAUUUAAGUGUAAUAAAGUUUGGUUGCUUGCUG